AUGGAUGCGACACGGAAGUUGCCGGAGAAGGAACGGUCCGAGAUGCCGGUCACUUCUUUUCUUGACACAUUCGAUGCGGGGGACAGGGAGUCACACAUCCUCGAGAUUGCGCCCGCGGCCGAGACCCGAUUGCAAUACCUUCGCCGUUACUUUACGAGCUGGGAUGGAUGGAUUGGCAACUACGACUAUGCAUAUCUGGUGACUCCGAACAUCUGGCCGCUGAACCAAAAAUACAAGGAUUACCAAGCGCCCUUCUACGGGUUGAACGACGAGGUACCAAUUCUUCUGACUAUUAUUCUGGGGCUGCAGCAUGCUUUGACGAUGAUUGGAUCGGUGGUAUCACCGCCUCUCGCCAUUGCCAGCGGUGCAUUUUAUCUUGAUGCGGAGAAAAGCCAGUACCUUGUUUCCGCGGCUUUUAUCACGACUGGCAUUGCAACCGCACUCCAGGUCACUCGGGUGCACUUGACAAAGACUCCUUUCUACAUUGGAACUGGUCUCUUGUCUGUGGUCGCCCCGACAUUUGAUGUGUUGGCGAUUGCAUUUAGCUACGCAGAAAUGCGCUAUGCGAAUGGGACUUGUCCUACUUCAUCCGAUGGCUCUAAACUUCCAUGCCCUGAUGCUUGGGGCGCCAUGCUGGGCACGAUUCUGUGCACUGUUUGGAUUCAAAUCCUGUUGUCGUUUGUGCCACCGAAGACUCUCAAUCGGAUUUUCCCGAAGCUCGUCACGGGAACCCUUCUACUACUGGUCGGGGUGUACCUGAUAUCCAGUGGGAUGGAAAACUGGGGUGGCAGCUCCAACUGCGACGGCGGAUCUGGAUACUAUGCACUGUGUCCCAACACUGCCGCUCCAAAGCCCUUACCUUGGGGAGAUCCGAAACUCAUUGGCCUUGGCUUCAGUGUUUUUAUCACGAUCAUUUUUGUUGAGCUCUUUGGAUCACCACUCAUGCGGUCCGCGUCGGUCGUCUUUGGCUUGGCCGUGGGAUGCACAAUAUCUGGGGCCACCGGAUACUGGUCGCGUGAGAAUAUCGACGCAGCCCCUGUCGCAACCUUCCUCUGGGUCGAGACUUUCAAACUGUCGGUAGAUGGUGCAUUGGCUUUACCGCUUCUGAUUAUGUUUAUCUGUGAGGCUGUCAGCUGCAUGCCUGAUAUCCUGGCCACUGCCGAAAUCUCGGGAGUGGACAUCGACGGCAUCGAAUUCAAUAGCCGAAUUCAAGGCGGAAUUCUGUGCGACGGCGUGGGCAGCCUGGUCAGUGCCUUGGGGACUGGCUUGCCAAUGGUCAGUCAAGCUGGAAACAACGGAGUCAUCUCUUUGACGGGAUGUGCGAGCCGCCGAGCGGGCUGGUGCGCCGCCGCCUUUCUGAUUCUCAUGGGCAUCUUCGGAAAGUUCGGAGCAGUCUUUGGAUCCAUGCCUCCGUCUGUUCUGGGGGGAAUGCAGGUCUUCUUGUAUAGCACUAUUGUUGUGGCGGGCAUGAAGGUACUCAGCUUGGUUGAGUUUACUCGGCGGAACCGCUUCAUCCUGACUGCUGCCCUUGGCAUUGGGUUUAUGGAUAUUGUCUCUCCGCGCUGGUUUGCUAAGAUCCUCGCAUAUGAAGGGUCGAAUGUACGACUGCAAGGCUUUGAGCAGGGAAUCAAUCUCAUGGUGGAAACUCCUUUCAUUAUCGCGGCAGUGGUCGGGGUAGUUCUGAAUUUCGUUCUUCCUUACGAUGGGAGCAAGAAGGUGGGGCGAGUGGAAGAGCGUGAUGGCCGGCCGGCCCUUCCUACUUGA